UGUAUGCCUGUCGGUUCGACCAAAGAUUCGUACGGCAAUAACUGUUGUAAUCGUCAGACGCCAUUUUGUGCCUCGUUUCGCUAUAGAGCGUCACGAAAGUUUCAUCCUUUUUAUUUUAAUUUAAUUUCGCCAAAACGUCGCAAUUACAUAAAAUGGUGUCUUCUAAUCAACCGAGAAAAACAAAAAUAUUUGUGGGGCGGUUACCAGAAAAUUGUCGCAACGAUGAGUUGCGACAAUUAUUUUUACGCUUCGGCGAGGUGACGGAAUGUGACGUUAUGAAUCGAUACGGCUUCGUACACAUGGCACGAGAGGAGGAUGCAGCUGCAGCUAUCAAGGCGCUCCAUAAUUCCAACUUCAAGGGGGCAACCAUCAACGUGGAGCAGUCAACUGGGAAGUCACGCGGAGGCGGUGGAGGACGCAGGGAUGGAGACAGAAGAGGCGGACCAAUGAGAGGUGGUAGAGGAGGACGAGACGGUGGUAGAGACGCUCGUCCUGGACCAUACAAUGAUAGAAGAGUUCUUCCGAUCCAACUCGUUGGUUACGAUGGAUCUGCUGCAGGUGGCGUCGCAGCUGGCUAUACCGAUUACAAUCGUGGUGCUGGGGACUUUAGUGGACGAGGGACCGACUUCGGCACUGGGUAUACCGACCGUGGAGCAUACGGCCAGAACGUGGGAACUGCUGCGAUGGGAUAUACCUCGACGGCGCCAGGGAUGGGUGGAGGCUAUGGACCUGCUGCUGCUGUAGGAGGAUAUGGCCCAACAGGUACAGCUGAUUAUGGCAGGACUGCUGAUUAUACCCGUGCUGCAGAUUUUGGAGCGAGAACAGAUUAUGUAGUUGGAACUGGUAUGGCGGGAGAUUUUAAUCGCGGUGCACCAGGUCCCGUUGAUUAUGGUCGUACGGAUAAUUUCGGUGCAAGUCGCACAGUUGAUUACACAGCUAGAAAUGAUUAUGAUCGCGCUGCGACCGGACCAAUGAGAAACGGCGGUGCUGCCGUUGCCACAACAGGAUAUGGUACUGGAUACACUGAUGUUGGAUAUGAUGAGAGUCAUUGGCCAAUGAGUACUGGUCCCAGCUACAGUACCGGUGCUCCCAGUUAUAACACUGGUCCUGGACCACAAGCAGAUAUGUUUAGUAGAAGACCUGGUAGUGCUGUUCCCAGUGGUGGAUACCCACCUGUUGGUGGAGGCUAUACCGAAGGAUAUGACAGACCUGAUGCAUACGGACCUCCUCCACGUGGCGGCGGCCGCUUCCCAGGUCCGGCAGAUGCGAUGCCACCGAGGUACUAAAAACAUAUUAAUGCAUAUACUAGCGCAUGCAAAAGGCAGCUUUAAAUAAUGCCUUUUUAGUGGUGGCCACUCGCACGGACUCGAAUACCUAGGAACUGCCCUAUGUCCGACACAGAGUCCAUACAAUUACGAUGAUACUAUGUGUAACUUAUGAUAGACCUAACGUUUAACGUAUAACUCUUAAGGUGUGGUAAGAAUGAGAAAUAUCAUGGGUGAUGUAAAUUAUUCAAUAUAAAACAAAACAAAAAAGAAAGAAAGAAAGAUAACACUAUAUGGUAAUCUCUCAGCAAUGGAAACAAAGAGAAAGAGUACUAGGAAUAGUAACAUGCAACACACAUUAUACAUAUACGACACAUAUAGUAAGCUACAUUUGAUAUGAUAUCAAAGUAAUUCUAAUACUUUAAUUUUCUUCUUUUUCCUUUUUGAGCAAAUCUUUAACAUCAAUAUGCGAGAAUAAUUUUUGAGUUAACACUUUAAACUAAGAUUUUAUGUUCCUUAUCCUGUUUAUUUUUUUUUCUUUUUUCUUUUCUUUUCUUUUUCUUUUUUUUGGUCAUAAAUAUAAUAAUAUCGAAUUUAGAUAUUAUUAUUAUUAUUAUUAUUAUUAUUAUUAUUAUUAUUAUUAUUAUUAAAGGAAAUAUUCACAAUAUCCUGUAUCUGUACCUUAAGCAACAUAAAUAAUCAUGCUGUAGGUUUAGAUAAUUUCAUUAUAUUUUAUAGCAUUAGUUCUAUACAUAAAACUUGACUUAGCCUAUAAAAGCAAUGCUGUAUAAUCUUUUUUUUACAAAUAAGAACUUGAAUAAUGUUUUGAAUGUUCAUUAAUAAACCAAGAAAAUGUG